ACCAAAAGUCUGAGUAUCACUACUACUGAUCAGAUGAUUGAAAAAGCCAAAGGGGAAACUGCCUAUCUGCCAUGCAAGUUUACUGUUGGUUCUGAAGACCAAGGGCCGCUGGACAUUGAGUGGCUGCUUUCACCAGCUGAUAAUCAGAAGGUGGAUCAAGUGAUUAUUUUAUAUUCUGGAGACAAAAUUUAUGACGACUACUAUCAAGAUCUGAAAGGACGAGUACAUUUUACAAGUAGUGAUGUUAAAUCUGGUGAUGCAUCAAUAAAUGUAACAAAUUUACAAUUAUCAGAUAUUGGCACAUAUCAGUGCAAAGUGAAAAAAGCUCCUGGUGUUGCAAAUAAGAAGAUUCAGCUGACAGUUCUUGUUAAACCUUCAGGUACAAGAUGCUACGUUGAUGGAUCAGAAGAAAUUGGAAGUGACUUUAAACUAAUAUGUGAACCAAAAGAAGGUUCACUUCCAUUACAAUAUGAAUGGCAAAAGUUGUCUGAUUCACAGAAAAUGCCCACCUCAUGGUUAGCAGAAAUGACUUCAUCUGUUAUAUCUGUAAAAAAUGCCACAUCUGAGUACUCUGGGAUGUACAGCUGUACAGUCAGAAACAGAGUGGGCUCUGAUCAGUGCCUCCUGCGCCUAGAUGUUGUUCCUCCUGCAAAUAGAGCUGGAACAAUUGCAGGAGCCAUUAUAGGAACUUUGCUUGCUCUAGUGCUCAUUGGUCUUAUCAUCUUUUGCUGUCAUAAAAAGCGCAGAGAAGAAAAAUAUGAAAAAGAAGUUCAUCAUGACAUCAGGGAAGAUGUGCCGCCUCCAAAGAGCCGUACGUCCACUGCCAGAAGCUACAUAGGCAGCAAUCAUUCAUCCUUGGGAUCCAUGUCUCCUUCCAACAUGGAAGGAUAUUCUAAGACUCAGUAUAACCAAGUACCGAGUGAAGACUUUGAACGCACUCCGCAGAGUCCGACUCUCCCUCCCACUAAGUUCGAGUACGCUUGCAAGACUGACGGGAUUACAGUGGUAUGAAUAUGAAGGACUACUGAAGAAUUUGAAGGACUGUACUAUUUGACUUUAGACCUCUAGUAAAGACAAGAGUUUCUGAAAAAAGCACAAGGCACAGAGAUUAGAGCGGCCAUAUGAACAUUUCUGCUUUAUGGAAUGGCAUUAAGCAUGUAAGCCAGAUGUUGCAUCAAAAUUAGUACAGGCCAAAUUCUUGGUUAGAAAAAUCCUACCAACUGUGACUUUGAUAGUUAAAAGAUGUUUUAUUAUACUUUCAAUUAGCUACCACUAACAACUUUUAGACUUUUUAUACACAUAUUUUUGAUAUGCGGCCUUUGGGAAAGGUACAGUUAAUAAAGUUUAUUUUUUUAUGAGGAAUUUUUAAAUUCUUACAUUGUUUAUUCUCUUUGC